AAUGCACCGUUUCGCGAUCUUUCUUGGUUUUUGUUUUCUGAUCGCGGGAGGGAUAGAGGCGAAGGACGCGACGGGGUCGCCAAGGAUCGUGAUCGUGGGCGCAGGUGCAUCGGGGAUCGCGGCUGCGUCGCGGUUGCUUCAAAACGGUUUCAAUGACGUUUUGAUUUUGGAGGCCGAGGGCCGAAUUGGUGGUCGUGUUCAUACGGUCAAAUUUGAGGACUACGCGAUCGAUUUAGGCGGGCAAUGGAUACACGGGGAAAAGGGGAACGUCGUGUACGAACUGGCAGCCCCUUUGAAUCUCACCGAUCACUCGGAACCGUAUCACAUUGAAAUGUACACAUCGAACGGCGAACUGCUCGAUCCUAUCCUCACGAAGAAUUUUACAGCACUUUACGAUCGGUACAUGGAGAACGCGGCAGACGAACAGUGGGCGAACGAGUGCAACGCUUCAAUCGGCGAAUGUUUAGAGCCCAAGAUAAGAGAACAGUUGUCCCAACUUCCGGGAGUGAAUGAAACAAUGCAGGACGCGUUACUGUGGCAUUUCAAUCUGAUACAGACGAGCUUAGACGCUGCCGAUUCCUGGUACGAUAUCGCCAUGGAAGCUUCCGCGGAAUACACAAUAUGCGAAGGUGAUCGUGCUGUCAAUUGGAAGGAACGUACCUACAGUACUAUUUUAGAUAUAUUAAUGAAAAAAUUCCCAAAUCCGGAGGAGCAGUUACCCGUGUUGAAUAAAACGAUCCUGAAUGCUGAGGUGACGAAUGUCGACUACUCGAGCGAAGACGGUACCGUAAAAUUGAUGACGCUCGAUGGAAAAGAGUACACUGCCGAUCACGUAAUUAUGACGCCUUCUUUGGGGGUGCUCAAAGCGCAACACGAAACUCUAUUCACUCCCCAACUACCAGAAUCGAAAAUCAACAGCAUUAAGCAUCUGGGAUUCGGGAACGCCGGUAAGAUAUUCUUGGCGUUUAACGACACUUGGUACAACAAUGCGGGAAGAAAAAACGCGGGCUUCGAUCUUUUGUGGACUACGGCGAACAGAAAGGAACUCGAAAGCAAUCCAAAAACGAUGUGGCUUACCCAUGCGAUGGGCUUCUACCUUGUUGAACACAAGCCCCGUUUGUUGUAUAUAUGGGUUUCCGGCAAAGGUGCACGUCUGAUGGAUGAUGUGACCGACGAAGAAAUUCUCAGUCAAACGGUAGGCGUGUUAGACACUUUCUUGUCGAAGGAUUAUAACAUCAGUCGGCCAAUAGCGAUGAUAAGAAGCAAUUGGCAUCAGAAUGAACACUUCCGUGGUACGUACAGCUUUCGAAGCUUAGAAACAGUGAGAACGAACGCGAGCGCGGAUCAGUUGGCCGAACCUGUGAUGAAAGUGGGCAAACCGGUGAUUCUAUUCGGUGGAGAGGCUACUAAUCCGCGUUACUUCUCAACGGUGCACGGCGCCGUCGGUGCUGGAUGGAGGGAGGCCGACAGAUUAAUAAAUCUGUAUUCGAAAACCCACAGCACAACCGAACAAAACUCACAGUGAACGACGCUACAGAAAAAAAGAAAGAAAAUAAAAUUCAUGUAAAUAGGCUGUUAGCUAUACACACGUUUGUAUUUAUAGAUGCAGAUGCGGUCUCUGACACGGUCGGAACAAUUGGUACGAUUGUACAAUAUCAAAUAUAAGAAUUUUUUGUCGUCCUGAGGUA